CUCUUGUCGCUAACUUCGCUUCAGUCCAAUCAUUUUUCAAUAAACGGGACUAAAUUUGUCGAGUACAGCCAAAUUACUUUAUCAGUAAGCCCGCUAUAUAAUACCUUAAUCUCUGACAAAACACUUUAGUUGUAAAAGGAUCAAGACGAGACAAAAUGAGUUUGGUAGCUAACACCGGGAAACUAGCGGGACGUACGCUGUUUAUAACGGGUGCUUCCCGUGGUAUUGGCAAGGCCAUCGCCCUCAAAGCAGCUAAGGAUGGUGCUAAUGUGGUGGUCGCGGCGAAAACGGCUGAGCCGCAUCCCAAGCUACCAGGCACUAUUUACACCGCUGCAGAAGAAAUUGAGGCGUUAGGCGGUAAGGCCCUGCCAUGCAUUGUGGAUGUCAGGGACGAGAAAACAGUGCAAAAGGCGAUAGAUGAUGCUGUUAAAAAGUUCAACGGGAUCGACAUUCUCAUCAACAAUGCAUCUGCUAUCUCUCUCACGGACACGCCCAACACCGACAUGAAGAGAUACGACCUCAUGCACUCCAUUAACACCAGGGGCACCUUUUUGGCGUCGAAGCUCUGCUUGCCGCAUCUGAAGAACAGCAACCACGCGCACAUCCUCAACCUGUCGCCGCCGCUCAACAUGAACCCCUUCUGGUUCGCAACGCACGUAGCGUACACGAUGGCCAAGUACGGCAUGUCGAUGUGCGUGCUGGGCAUGAGCCACGAGUUCAAGCCGUUCAACAUCGGCGUCAAUGCGCUCUGGCCCAUGACUGGCAUCGCCACGGCCGCCAUCGAGAUGCUGACAGGCGACGUGUCGACGAGCCGCAAGCCCGAAAUCGUUUCCGAUGCUGCUUACUUCAUGCUUUGCCAAGACCCGAAGACCUACACAGGCAACUUCGCCAUCGACGAAGAUGUCGUGAAGAAAGCUGGAGUCACCGAUCUCACACCAUACGCGUGCGAUCCUAAGAACGCCAAUAACCUCCUGCUGGACGGGUUCAUUGACUCCCCGCUGGCCAUGAAACAGCACUCGGUCGUGACUGCCUCCGUCAGGCGGUACCAUACCUCCGCCGUGCGAUAUGAGAAGGAGGGCAAGCCCGAAGGACAGAUCCCCACAUUGUUUGCGGCUAUCGGCAAGAGCCUGUCACCUGAUUUGGUCAAGAAGACGCAAGCCAUUUACCAGUUCAAUGUCAAAGGUAAAGAAGAGGGCGUAUGGCACAUCGACCUUAAGAACGGAGAUGGCGCCUGCGGCCAGGGCGAGCCCAAGAGCCCGCCCGAUGCGACGCUCACCAUGGACAGUGGCAACUUCUCAGACAUGUUUGCUGGCAAGCUGAAGCCGGCCACCGCGUUCAUGAUGGGCAAGCUCAAAAUCAAGGGAGACCUGCAGAAGGCCAUGAAGCUCGAGAAGAUGAUGAAAUCCCUCCAGAAGAAGUAACUUUGCCAAAGUCCCGUUCAAUGUUAGGCUUCCCACACACUGACAAUCAUUGUCGAGCAUAUCAAAUUUGUCAAAGUCCUUUUAACUAAUUUGACGAUUCAAAUUAGUUACCAUUUCUGACUUAACAUAUUCGCUGCGGCAAUAGUGUUAAGCAAUGCAAUGCAUGCAAUGUAUUGCAUGGGGUCUGUCGAUCCCAUCUCGCAGUGAACGUGUUAAGCAUAAAAAAUAUACUGAUACCUAUUCAUUGAUUGAUUGAUAUUUCACUUUAGUGGAAAAUAACCAUGCUCUCAUUAAUAUUAAACUGAAAUUGGAUAUUUAUUAUAUAAAUGACUCCGAGUCCAGUAUAAUUUGCAGUAUAUGUUGCAAACUCAAAGAAUAGACUGUAUUGUGUAUUAAAAAUCAUUGUAUAUUUUUAGAAGAUAUUUUGUCACAUUGUAUAUGUUUGAAACCUAUGUACAUAUAAAAGUCAUUGGAGUAACUUCUAUAGUGUUGUGCCUUGUCUUUGUACAUAUGUAAGUCACUGCCAAACGUGGCGCGAGAUGUAUUGGAUUUUUUAUUAAUAUAAGAAAUGUAAUAUUAUGAAUAAAAAGGUGCUGUUUAAAA